AUGGCGCAAACGACAAUGCGAGCGCUGACAGCGAACGGCACAACCAAUAAUCUGCAGAACAAGCGGCUGCAACAAGAACAACAACCACAACAAGUGAAACGAGGCUCACGCGAUUUCAGCUACAUAUUUCUACCCUCACCACAUACACUACGCACACCUGCCACCAGUCAAACACAUCAAUUAAAAUAUCACUACCAUUUUGAAUGCCUGCAAAUGUGCGCAACCACAACAACAAUUACAGCAACACCACGAACGCAUGGCAGCAACUCUAGCGGCGACCGCAACGCAUGCCAAACCAUCGAUAUACGCAAGUUGGCAGCGACAGCCGCGCAAUUAGAGGCCGCCAGUAAUGGGCAGCGCAGCAGUGUCGUGGGAACAACCGAAGCAACAACAACAGCAGCAGCAGCGUCGACGUCGGUGGGAGCGACGCACACAGCUACAGCACAAAAUUGCAAGAACAACAGCAACAGCAUACACAGAAGUGGCAGUAAGGGCAGCAACAGCAGUGGCGGCUAUGCAGCAGCAACACGAUCAAGGUUAAGAGCAGCAGAGGACAACACCAAAGCAACAAAAACACCAAAUAAUUUAGCAGCAACAGCCAGCGAUAAUAAGCAAACCACAGCAACACUACUUAAAAUGCAUUCCAACGCGACGCCGAACACGGAGCACGCAAACGCCGGCAGCAGCAGCAACAAUGCCAAUACCGGCGGCGCAGUGGUGCUCAAUAUUGGCAACGCCGCGGAGUCGCUACAGCGCCAUGGCAGCGCGCGCAGCAAAUGCAGUACGGGCAGUGGCGGUGGCCAAGCGCGCGUCACACGUGGCAGUGGGAGCGCACGCAGCCGCAGCAGUAAGCAGAGAAAAACUAGUUCCUCAAGUGCCAAGGGUGCUGACGGUGACAGCACAACAAAAACUACUACAACAACUAGCAAAAAUCCUACUAACAAUAAGUUAAGCGCCGGCAAUGCCGAGCGCGGCACGCCGCCGCCACCAUAUACAAGUCAGGCGCCCGCGAACGCGCGCAACUCGGUGCAACGCACGAGUAGCAAGCGCAGCACAAGCAAAGCGGCUAAUCAACAGCAACAGCAGCAUCAUUCACAAAAUGGUGGCGCAUCUACACGCGCGGCGCCGCAAAAUCGUGACGCGCGCCAAUCGCAAUCGUCAUCGUCGCGCGAGCAUUCACGUUCACGUUCGCGCUCGCGUUCACAACAGCGCAGUGAUGAAGAGCGCGACGCAGCAGCAGUGAGCGCCGCGGCCAGGCAACGUCGGCGCCAUGGCAGUCGAAAUUCGUUGGCGAGCGUGGAGCGUAGCAAGAAGCGCGUUGACGAGGAGGCAGACGAUGAUUCCUAUACGUCAUCGUCCGGCGUGAGCUGCAAUGGUUCGUGCAGUUCGGAUGAUGGCGACUCGAAUAGCACAACGUCGAGCGGUGAGCCGAAUUUACCAUAUCCGGGCUUUCCGGAGAUAUCUUUCCUCAUAUUGUCGCAGGACUCGAGGCUACGCAACUGGUGCUUGCGACUCAUCACCAAUCCAUGGUUCGAGCGCGUCUCCAUACUGGUGAUACUCUUCAACUGCGUCACACUGGGCAUGUAUCAGCCGUGCGAGGACGAGAAGUGCGUCAAGCUGCGCUGUCGUGUACUGCAGAUAUUUGACGACAUCAUUUUCGUUUUCUUCGCCAUCGAAAUGCUAAUCAAAACGAUAGCGAUGGGUUUGCAUGGAAAAAACACCUAUAUGGCUGAUUCUUGGAAUCGACUGGAUUUCUUUAUAGUUGUUGCUGGUCUCUUGGAAUACGUAACGAAUGUGGAAAAUCUCAACUUGACGGCGAUACGAACGAUAAGAGUGUUGCGUCCAUUGCGGGCAAUUAAUCGCAUACCAAGUAUGCGCAUUUUGGUCAUGUUGCUGCUGGACACGCUGCCUAUGCUCGGCAAUGUGCUGCUGCUCUGUUUCUUCGUCUUCUUCAUUUUCGGCAUUAUUGGCGUGCAACUGUGGCGGGGCAUAUUGCGUCAGCGUUGUUGGGUUCCGGAAAUGCCAGUUAUACCAUUUCCUGUCUCUCACUACUACGAAUUCUCCAAGGAGCAGGACUACAUUUGCUCGAAGCCCGAGGACUCUGGCAUGCAUUUAUGCGCCAAUUUGCCACCCUAUCGUGUCGGCGACAUGAUUUGCACGGAACCUGCAUCCAAAUUUAGUGACAAUCUACCGACAAAUACCUCUUGCGUCAAUUGGAAUCAAUAUUAUACGGAUUGUCGUCGGGUUGGUCAAAAUCCAUUUCAGGGGACAAUAUCAUUUGAUAAUAUUGGCAUGGCGUGGGUGGCGAUAUUUUUGGUCAUUUCACUCGAAGGCUGGACAGAUAUAAUGUAUUACGUACAAGACGCUGAUAGCUUUUGGGAUUGGAUAUAUUUCGUGCUGUUGAUUGUGAUUGGUUCCUUCUUCAUGAUCAACCUCUGCCUUGUCGUUAUUGCUACACAAUUUUCGGAGACGAAAAAACGCGAAAUGGAGCGCAUGCGACAGGAGCGUGCACGCUACACAUCCACCUCAACACUGGCGUCCAGCACCAACAACUCAGAGCCGGCCACCUGCUAUGCGGAGAUUGUCAAAUACAUAGCGCAUCUUUGGCGGCGUUUCAAGCGACGCAUGUUAAAGAAAUACCAAAAACAACAACGCAACGAAGGUUUGCUGCCGAACGCCGACAAUUUGACAUUCUCGCCAUCGCGCAUCAAAUGCCACCACCCGAAGUGCCCCAAGUAUGGCAAUCGCAAGCCGUCGAGUAUACAGGAUCAAAUGAUCACCGUCAUGGUGCCGCUGAAUUCCAACAAUAAUAAUGUAAGCAACAGCAGCAACAACAACAAUAAUGGUGGCGGAGGCAGUGCUGCUGCUGUGGCUAAUGGCACGCGCACGACAGCAGCCACAACAGCGGCGACGGCGGCGUCUUCUACACUGGCGCUGCCAAUGAGUGGCACAACGACAACGCUAAUAAAUGGCACUGCCAACACGGGUUUACCGCAUAGCAUCAAUAAUAACAAUAUAAGUGUGGUCGGCCAGCAACAACAACAGCAACAAGCACAGUCGUCGCAGCAACAGCAACAACAUUCCUCUUCGGAGAAUUCUGUGCAAUCAUUGGAGCAUACAGCACGCAAUUCCAACCUGAAGAAGUCUUCAAAUCACUUGACACCGGAUGUGCCGGCGGGACAGCAGAAAACGAUUUUGCUGAAAUUUCCUUCCAAUGGUGAUUCGGAGCAAUUAAUUCUGCAGUUGGGAAACUUGGGCAAGAGCAAUCCGUGCACCUCGGGCUUCCUCAGUCCACCCACAUCGGCUAGCCGUCGUCCGUCGGUGAUGUUCAACGAAUAUGUGCUGCUGCAUACACCGCCUGCAAUUAGCGAACCGUUAACUAUACCAAGCACAACAACAACAAAUGUGGCAGAGAAGAGCGGUACCGUGUGCUCGUCGGAGAAAAUGACGCAGGCUGGUGAUGGCAGCAUAUGGCAGGUUAAUCUCCCCCAAACGAUCAAUAGCGGCGGCAGCACCAUCGCCAAUCCGUACGCCGAUUGCUCCGAACUCGGUAUACACGACGCGAUGACAUGUCAAGAGCUUUUAGCAUUUUCUGUGGCCUUUUCAGCGGCCCUACCCACCGGCCAGAGUACGUUGGAAUCGUUUUACACCUCAUUGGCGCGCUGUGAUCCACAUACCGCUGAGGCGCUGAAAAACCAACACAACCGCCAGCAGUCACAAUUAAUAAAACAGCAACAACAACAGUCAAAUUCAAAAGUGAUAAGCGAACGCAAGCGUUUGGACAACAACAGCAGCGCAGGCAACAACACCGCCAACACAACAACCGGCAACUACAUCGAAGACUACUCGUGUUGCUAUGAUUUAUACCAGAAUGCGCUGUCACCGCUGGGCGAUAAGAAGCAGCACUCGAAGCCGAUCAAAAUUGUGAUCAGCAUUUAUCGCUGUCUGAUGCGCGUUUGCGGUGUGAUGCGUCGCUACAUAAAGUUGCUGGUGGAGCAUAAGUACUUUCAGCAAGGCAUACUGUUGGCCAUUCUCAUUAACACACUCUCCAUGGGUAUUGAGUACCAUAAGCAGCCCGACUAUUUGACCGCCAUUGUGGAGAAGAGUAAUAUCGUUUUCUCGGCGAUAUUCGCUGUGGAGAUGUUGCUUAAGGUGGUGGCGGAAGGUUCAUUUCGUUAUAUAGCGAAUGGUUUCAAUGUGUUCGACGGCAUUAUUGUGAUACUCAGCGUCAUUGAGAUUUUUCAACAAUUCCACAGUGGCAAUGGCAGUAGUGGUGGUGGCUCUGGCCUCUCCGUGCUGCGCACAUUCCGCCUACUGCGCAUACUCAAGCUGGUGCGUUUCAUGCCCAAUUUGCGGCGUCAAUUAUUUGUUAUGCUGCGCACAAUGGACAAUGUAGCGGUAUUCUUUUCACUGCUCGUACUCUUCAUUUUCAUAUUCAG